AACAACCUCGGUGCACGUAGCUUGCCCCGACUCCUGUGUAAGGCAGCUUUAGCGAUGGAUCUUUCUACGUAACCUCGCGCAUCGUCUCUAAUACUUUCGGCUGAUUGAAGUUGAGAAGACGGAUUCGAAAUUGUGCAUGUUGCGUAUGCAUCUGGAAUAGAACAGCGGGUGGAAAGCAUUCAUUAUCAUGGCGUUACCUGUUAUCGCCGGAGUAGCAGGCACAGCAGCCCUCGCAGCCUACCUCAACGCGAAACACCACAUUGCCCACGACCUCAAGCAUGCCCGCGGUGGUCUCUCGCCGACACAAGAUGUCGUCGACUUCAUGACCGAUCGCGCAAUUCAAAAACGCACCCUCACGUACCACGUCUUCGAAGACCAGGUCCGCAAACAACCAAACCAUCCGUUCCUCAUCUUCGAAGGCAAAACGUGGUCGUACAAGGAGUUCUUCGAUGCGUUCACGAGUGUGGGAAAUUGGUUGGUAGAAGACCUGGGCAUACAAGCUGACGAAGUGGUUGCUAUGGAUGGCGGGAAUAGUCCAGAGUAUCUGAUGCUGUGGUUUGCUUUGGAUGGGAUUGGGGCUGUUCCGAGCUUCGUCAACUGGAACCUCACCGGUACGGGUUUGGUACAUUGCGCGAGGUUAUGCAACUCCAGAUUCCUCAUCGCAGACGCCCAUGUCAAGAGCAAUGUCGAGCCAUGCCGUACGGACCUUGAAGAGACAGGCGUCAAGAUUCACUACUAUGAUCCCUCCUUCUUCGCGUCGCUACCAAAAUCGACACCCAUACCAGACUCACGCCGCGACCACGUUACUAUAGAGUCCCUCCGCUCGCUGAUGUAUACUUCUGGAACGACCGGACUGCCCAAAGCCGUGACUUUGAGCACUGGCCGCGAGCUCUUGACUGGCUACAGCGCCGCCAGAUACCUCGAACUGAAACCGGAAUCCAGAAUGUAUACAUGCAUGCCACUCUACCACGGAGCUGCGCAUGGCCUUUGCGUUACACCGAUAGUUCAUGCUGGCGGUACAGUUGUAUUGAGCCGGAGAUUUUCGCACAAGACCUUCUGGCCCGAGGUCGCAGCUUCAAAUGCGGACAUCAUUCAAUAUGUCGGCGAACUCUGCAGAUAUCUACUCAACGGCGCACCGAAUACGUACGAACGGAGACACAAGGUGCAGAUGGCAUGGGGCAACGGUAUGCGCCCUGAUGUAUGGGAACCCUUCCGCGAACGUUUCAACAUACCCAUCAUCAACGAACUAUAUGCGGCUACCGAUGGACUGGGGGCGACUUUCAAUCGUAACGCUGGUCCCUUUACGGCAAACAGCAUAGGCCUACGAGGGCUGAUUUGGAAUUGGCGGUUCAGCGACCAAGAAGUGAGAGUGAAGAUGGAUGUCGAUACCGAAGAGAUUAUGAGAGAUGCAAACGGCUUUGCGAUCAGAUGUGGAGUGAACGAGCCGGGCCAGGUGCUGCACAGAUUAACUCCCGAGACGGUGGCUACUGCACCAGGCUACUACAAGAAUGAAGGUGCCACGGAGAAUAGGAGGAUCAGGGAUGUGUUCCAGAAGGGCGAUAUAUGGUUCAAAUCAGGCGACAUGAUGCGACAAGACGCCGACGGCCGCGUCUUCUUCGUCGACCGUCUCGGUGACACAUUCCGUUGGAAGUCUGAAAACGUAUCCACAAACGAAGUAGCCGACAUGCUCGGCAAGUUCCCACAGAUCGCUGAAACAAACGCAUACGGCGUCCUUGUGCCUGGUUACGACGGCCGAGCGGGCACUGCAUCCAUCGUCAUGGCAGAUGGAGUCACAGAGGCAACAUUCGACUUUGCAGCUCUGGCAAAGCAUGCGAAAGCAGUCCUGCCGUCUUAUGCAGUGCCGCUAUUUCUAAGGGUGACGCCUGCAUUAGAGUAUACGGGCACUUUGAAGAUACAAAAGGGGAGGUUGAAGAAGGAAGGAGUUGAUCCGGAUAAGAUCACUGGGGAGGAUAGGUUGUACUGGCUGCCGGAGGGCAGUGAUCGGUAUCUGCCUUUCACGAAAAAGGAUUGGGAGGCUGUAGUAGAGAAGAGGGUACGAUUGUCAUAGUGUGUGAACUCUAGCUGACCUCACACCAAAUGCGUCGUAUGUUCUAUAAGCCAUUCCUACUGAGUGCUAUGCCAUGAACACACUGCUUCCUAGAGCCUACAUUGAUGUUGGGUCAUCUACUUUGCAUGUUUUCAUCUUGAUGUAGGCCGCAGACCUGUUCAGUCUCUUCUUUGUAUGAGGUGCGACGAUGCUGGUAACUGAUUCAGGCCUCUAAGGAAACCCAUGUUCUCAAGUACAGCCGCCGCCGGCAUCCCAGUUGGCCAUCAUCCACGUAAGUGUGUUGAUUGCUCAAUACAUUUCUUCGAUCCACAUUUGAGCGACAAGACCCCGCCCCCACCUGGCAUCAAUCAUCGUCGCCCUCUCGACAUGCAAUGCCUGGACUGUUUCUGCACUGCCUAGCUGUACCAUGGGGCUCAUUAUGUUCGAAUAAAAUACACAUGUACACUACAUCCAAGGCGCAGCUAGCCCAUUGUGG